UGAUUGUCAACUUUUUCGAUGUUUUAAGAUAAAAUUAAAAUAUUCAUGAAAAUGCUAUUAUUAUUACUAUUUUGUUAUGUGCCACUUCCAUUGAUAUGGAGUCAUAAUAUAAUGCCCAUUGUAUUAUGGCAUGGAAUGGGUGAUACAUGUUGUAAUCCAUUAACAUUAGGAUUUAUAAUUAAGAUACUUAAAAAUAAACUGAAUGAUGUGCAUAUAUACUCAGUCAAAAUGGGCCAAAGUUUCAUAGAAGACAUGGAAGAUGGAUAUUUUCUUGAUGUGAAUGAACAAAUUAAAAUUGUCUGUGAUAAACUUAAAAAUGAUUCACGCUACAACAAAGGUUAUAAUGCCAUAGGAUUUUCUCAGGGUGGUCAAUUUUUGAGGGGAUUGGCGCAAAGAUGUCCACAGCCACCUAUGCACAAUCUUAUUUCAUUGGGUGGUCAACAUCAAGGUGUUUAUGGUCUUCCAAGAUGCCCUGGUAUAAAGUCGCUGUGCGACAAAGUAAGAUACAUCCUGAAUACUAUGGCUUACAGGGAAUACGUCCAGAAACAUUUGGUACAAUCUCAAUUUUGGCAUGAUCCCAUGAAUGAGACUCUGUAUAAAGCGAAUUCAUCAUUUUUGGGGGAUAUUAACCAAGAAAGGUCAUUCAAUCCCUCUUACAAAGCUAAUCUUAUGAAAUUAAACAAACUAGUCUUGAUCAAGUUUCUAAAGGAUAGCAUAGUCAUUCCUAGGGAGUCCGAAUGGUUCGGUUUUUAUAAACCUGGAUCCAACACGAUAUUGAUGAAUAUGAAUCAAACCGACUUAUAUCAGAAGGAUCUGUUAGGGUUGAAGGAAAUGCAAGAUAAUCAAAAGUUAGAUCUAUUAUCCUAUCCCGAUGAUCAUUUGCGUUUCGACGUCAGAUGGUUUGAACAGGCCAUUAUUUCGACAUACCUCAAUGUUGCAAUAUAAUAUAACAAUUACAAAUGGGCAUAUUUAAAACCACAAAGAUAUUUUUAUCACAAUUUCUGAAUUAAUGAUAUAACAUUUAACCAUUUUUAAUAUUUAUAUUAUAUAUUUAUUUAUUUUUAACAAUGCAAUUAAUUUAUUUGGUUUUUAAAUAAUAUAUUUAAUUGAUUUGGCAAUGUAUUUAUAUUAUGUAAUCUCUACGAGGCAAUGAUCUC